AUGAAGAUGCAAGCCGAGGUGAUCCGCGAGGGCGAGCUGGAGAAGCGCAGCGACAGCCUUUUCCAGCUGUGGAAGAAGAAGCUGGUGGUGCUGACCAAGGACAGCCUCAGCCUCUUCCCCGAUGGGCACAAGCGGGCCAAGGGCAAGGAGCUGGGCUUCGGCUCCAUCCUCAAGGUGGACUGCGUGGAGCGCACCGGCAAGUACAUCUACUUCACCAUCGUCACCAAGGACCGCAAGGAGAUUGACUUUCGGUGCCCGGACCAGAGCUGCUGGAACGCCUCCAUCACCAUGGCCCUCAUCGACUUCCAGAACAAGCGGGCCAUCCAGGACUUCAAGAGCCGCCAGGAGAUGGAGCAGAGCAUGCCACUGGAUGAUAAACCAGAUCAAGUGUCUUGGACUGAAAUGGGACAGGGUACCAAUGAAGGAAAGCGAAGAAGAGAGCUGGAAGCAGCUUGGUUUUCUCCAAGCCCGGCGAGGCUGCUGAGCAAAGAGCCCUGA